AUUUGUCAGAGAAAGAAAAUGAGAAAGGUGCUCUCUCCUUUCUUUCCUCCUCCUACUACACGACCAAAACUAUGCCAUUACAGGCAAGACCUAAAGUUUGAGACACAUCGCACCAAAACCUAGGUAGAAUCAACUACUAUAUUACCUCGGUUCUCUCAACCAACAACACAACGCAAAAACACAAACACACGCUUAUUUUCCUUUCUUUCUUUUCUUUUCUUUCCACUUUCCACCCUCUUCAAGAUGCCCAGGCCAGGCCCAAGACCAUACGAGUGCAUGAGGAGAGCUUGGCACAGCGACCGCCACCAACCCAUCAGAGGUUCCCUCAUUCGACAAAUUUUCAGGGUCGCCAAUGAGUUUCACUCUCCCUCUACUAAGAACAACAAGGAGUGGCAGCAGAAGCUUCCCGUCGUUGUCCUCAGAGCCGAAGAAAUCAUCUACUCCAAAGCCAAUUCAGAGGCAGAGUACCUUAACCCCGACACGCUCCUCGACCGCCUCAACGAUGCCAUCAACACUAUCAUUCGCAGAGAAGAAACCAACGAGACCGGCAAGCUUAUGCCACCAUGUAUCGAAGCUGCACUUUACCUUGGUUGCAACCCAGAGAGAACAUCAAGAAGUGAUAGGCACAAUAACUCCAGGACUUACCUUACAUCGAGGAAUCAACAAUACCCUUGUUCUGUUUCUCCCGAAUCUGUUGCUUCUAGCAAUGCUUUAGCCUUUUUUCCAGUGUCGGAUUCCAGCCACCAGACCAGCCUAAAUAACUACUCUUUAUUGAACAACUUUGCUGCUGUUCACCAUCACCAACCCUUGGCAGUGCAAAGUAACCCCUCAUUGAACUUGGGUUCGGUUUACCCAUUGUGUUAUGGUUUUGAAGCCCAACAGCCUCGACUGCGGAUCAACAACCUAGGGAACACUUACUCUGAUACAAUCUUUGUUGGCAGACCCGUCAUUAGUCCAGCCUUGGAGCCAUCUAGAAUGGAUCCGUUGCGGAACUUGUACUGUGGUAGAGUCCAUUGUUCUCCGAACAGAAUUGUGAAAGAACCUGCUGUAAGUGUUGCGGAGGAGGAGUCGCGAGCCGGGGAAUGUGAUUUGUCUUUGAGGUUGGGUGUGUGCUUGCAGACUAACAAAACAAGUUCGGCAUAUGGCUUAGAAGAUGUCAGGCUAAGUGUUUCUCAGGAGGCUAGUAAAUUUGGCCGUUCAUCUCAACAGAUCAAUGAAGGUUACUGUUUUUACCCCAGAGGAACUGGUUAUGGUACCAUUUAGUUGCAUGCUUUGGGAACAAGCUUCAUUUGGGGAACAUAGUUGUCUUUUUUAGUUUCCUUGAUAAAAUAACAAGUGAUUAUUUCUUCAAAAGAAGUUAAACCAAAUAUGCAUUUAUACCAUGACGUCGAGGGUGAUCAGAACAGGGGCAACUUUUCAGAAGGGCAAUGCGCUUCUAGGUACGGGAUGGGCAAUUUUGCGGGCAAUGACGGUUCCGUCCAAUCUGUUUACUGGUACAAUUGUUGGGUCAGGUUUGUAGUUUGUCGUUCUUGUCGUAGCAUAUAUGCUUUUGCAAUUUUAAUUGAUCCAUGAUGUUUCGUCCUCUCACGUGGAUUCUCUGUCUGUAGCUCUGCAUGUAAAAAUUAGGUGGUAUUGAUUUUCUCUAUCAUUGCUGCAAAAUUGAUCUGUAUAUAUUAGCUUGCUUUGUUUUGGUUC